CUCGAAGAGUGCAAAUCUGCUGUUCCAACUUUUCGAGUGACUGUGAAAGAUUUUAACGAGGUUCUAGCAUGGCUAGCCGCGAAGCUGUAAGGCGGACGGUGCAAUCCGUGCGCCCGAUCCUGUCGGUUGACCGUGAGGAAGCCCGCAAGCGUGUGCUGAACCUCUACAAAGCCUGGUAUCGUCAAAUUCCGUACAUCGUGAUGGACUACGACAUCCCGAAGUCGGUUGAGCAGUGCCGGGAGAAGUUGCGGGAAGAAUUCCUACGGCAUAAAAAUGUCACCGAUAUUCGCGUGAUCGAUAUGCUCGUCAUCAAGGGACAAAUGGAACUGAAAGAAUCAGUCGAAAUUUGGAAGCAGAAGGCACACAUUAUGCGCUACUGGAAGGAAAGCCAGGAACCGAAACCGACCGACUUUCUGUCCAAAUUCCUGUCCGGACAGAACUAGAAGCGCGCGCUGAUCGAUUGAACGGUAUUGUAGGAAAUCGCCGAAUGGAACUAAAUUGGGUGUAAAUAAAGGACUUAACCGAACAAUUGCCCCGCUUCCAGUGCGAGUAUCCAGUGGUGGUCUUAUUAAGCUUGUUUUUAGUUGUCUGAGAAUGGUUUAGAAACGGAUAUGAAAUCCCAAAUAGUCAACACGCGAAGAGUCGGGAAAAAUGUCCCGUCUCUGCUAGUAUGACUUGCUGAUAUUAUAAUAAAGUACUUCCACCGUACCAAA